AUGCAGCCCUUGAGUCAGAGGUCCGACGUCCUCCAGAACACUCUCGGCAAACGCCGGGGCAUUACCGACCUGGCCCAAUUUGCUCUCGAUCUCAACUGGGUCAGAGCAGACUCCAAGAGCACUGCUCGCUCGGAGAGCUAUCCUUCUCCGCCCAUGUCAGGGUCCCCGCCGCUCCCCCUGAAAGCAAGCCAAGAGGCCGCCGAAAGACGUCAGGGCGUAUACCAGGCGACUACUCGAGAUGGCUAUCGAGGAGUUGCGGUCACCCACGGAGGUGAAGGGCUUCAGUCGGGAACCUUGGCUCAUACACGCCCAUAUCUCCCAAAUCCGUCAGAACGCAUGUCGUACGAGUAUCAGCGCCCGGAGCCGAUGACGAGGCCGCAUACCUACGAUGCUCCGCAUGGUCAAACAACUCUUCAGCCUUCUUUCUCGCCGAUUGCUGGGUCAGGCAGUGUAGGAGGUCCCUUGCCUGGUCCACCGCCCCAUUCCACAGUUUUGUAUCAUUCGGGUCAUGAUCCUCAUCCGCAGACAUCGCCCAAGCCCCAAAGAAAGACCAAAGGCCAUGUGGCAUCUGCGUGCGUGCCUUGUAAAAGAGCCCACUUAAGGUUAGUUUGCCCCGCACGACGUCCAUGCUCGAGGUGUUCCAGUAGCGGCAAAGACGACGCAUGCAUCGACGUUCAACACAAGAAACGUGGCCGCCCACGGUUGCGGGAUGAUAGGGCGGAUAUAAAAUAUGACGGUACACGGUUUGGCGUUCCACUGGAUGGGAUGAGAAGGCCGUUGUCGUCUCAGUAUCAUUCUGGUUCUUCGUCAAUUCUCACGUUCGACGACACCCUUCGCCGAACACAGUCAUACCGCGUUCUCAAAUCACAGCCGCCCGAUUCCGCAAUGUCCAGAUUUGGCGAAAGAGGCUCGACUCAUGACUCGAAUGUUUUCCUCGCGCCUUUGACCAUGUCAACAAGACCUCCAGAGCCAGUGGCCUAUUUAACAGUCGAUCUUCAUGUCGGGAAGGCAUCGAGGACAUUCCUGGAUGCGAUCGGAAGGGUGUCUGUUCGAGGUGUGAGACUCGCUGAUUUGGUCGUGGGUAAUGAUCGAGAGAAAGUAGCGUCUAUCCAGCGGCAGAUGGUGGACCAACAAAGAAGCAAUGAGCCAAAUUAUCUGCCACCUAUUUUUGGAAAGGCAGAGGAAGAAAGGGUCAUGGAGACACACGAUGUCCUCGCCUUCCUAGGACAAGAUGGACUACCACGGCAGCUAUCACUUCGAACUGCAUUGUCCAAGCGAGACUCGAUAUAUUACGUCGUGCUCGUGGUGAUGAACCCGGCACGACCAUCUCAUUAUUCCGGGCCCUCAUCCAUUGUCAGAGAGACGACUCAGUCAUACCAGCCAUACACGCAAGGGCCGCCCGUCACAACAGAUUUUGGCCCCCGGCAUUUGCGACCUGCCGACAGCGGAUAUGGAGAAGAAGCACAUGUACCAGCCGCACCACCACCGCCACGAAGUAUGGAGGGAUUUGGCGCGAACAUGCCGUCGGCAUACAUAUCGUCGCCGAGCAGAACAGAAUACUCCAGUGUGAUGCCGCCGUUUCAAAUCCCCAGGAGCGAGCUGAUAUCGCCAAGUCGUCCAGACCCGUUGCCAGCGUUUCAACUACCGCCGAUUCGCAACCACCAACCGAGUGAUAAUCAACAGCAGGAGGCGCAAUACCGGAGCCGGGAGGAUCGUUCGCGAGUCGAUAUUGGUGGUUUGCUUGAUCAUCCCAAUCCAACUGAGCACGCCCGCCAAUAG